ACACAGUCGCUGGCGUUCAUGCUGCUUGCCUCUGUGUUCUCCACGGUGGUCGGACUGCCCUGGGUCCUUUACAGCACGUUUGUGAUCGAAGAGAGGCACGGCUUCAACAAACAGACACUUGGAUUUUUCUUCAAAGAUCAGGUGAAAAAGUUUAUCGUGAUGCAAGCGAUCUCCCUUCCUAUAUUAGCUGGUCUUCUUUACAUCAUCAAGAUGGGUGGCCAAUACUUCUUUGUCUAUGCCUGGGUCUUUACCCUAGUAAUCUCGUUGUUCCUGAUCACUGUGUAUGCCGACUACAUCGCCCCUCUCUUUGACAAGUUUACACCCCUCCCGGAGGGUGACCUGAGGACAAAGAUCGAAGACUUGGCAAAGAGCAUUGAUUUCCCGCUUUACAAGCUGUAUGUUGUUGAAGGCUCCAAACGGUCAUCUCACAGUAAUGCCUACUUUUAUGGAUUCUUCAAAAACAAAAGAAUAGUUCUCUUUGAUACCCUCCUGGAAGACUACACACCUGUCAACACUGAUGAGAAAAAGUCGGAUGAAACUGAGACGACGAAAGCAGAUGGAGAGGGAGACGAGAAGAUAGAAGAGGAGAAUAAACCUCAAGGAGGAGAGAAGAAGACAGAGGAGGGAGAGGAGGAGGAGAAGAAGAAGAAGACUGGAUGUAACACUGAAGAAGUCCUUGCUGUUUUAGCUCACGAGCUCGGGCAUUGGAAGCUGGGACAUAAUCUCAAGAACCUUAUUAUAAGCCAGGUGAAUGUAUUCUUGUGUCUAUUCCUGUUUGCCCUUCUAAUUGAGAGGACAGAGUUCUUCAAUGCCUUUGGCUUCUACGACUCCUAUCCUACCCUCAUCGGCCUUCUCAUUAUAUUUCAGUUUGUCUUCUCACCGUAUAAUGAGGUUCUAUCCUUCUGCAUGACGGUGUUGACGAGGCGUUUUGAGUUCCAGGCCGAUGCCUUUGCCAAGUCCCUCCACAAGGCUUCCUUCCUACGCAUGGCUCUCAUCAAGCUCCAUAAAGACAAUCUUGGAUUUCCCGUUGCCGACUGGCUCUUCUCAGCCGUACACUACUCACACCCGCCUCUCCUUGAAAGAUUAGGUGCCCUUGGCAAGACUGAUUAGGUUAAGAAAGCCAAAGUAUCCGCUCAUACCCCCCUUUCUACAGAGAUUAGGUGCCCUCGGCAAGACUGAUUAGGCCAAGAAAGCCACAGCAUCCGCUCAUACCUCCUUUCUACAGAGAUUAGGUGCUAUUGACAAGACUGGUUAGGUUAGGAAAGCCACAGCAUCCACUCAUACCCUCCUUUCUACAGAGAUUAGGUGCCCUCGGCAAGACUGAUUAUGCCAAGAAAGCCACAGCAUCUGCUCAUACCCUCCUUUCUACAGAGACUAGGUGCCCUUGGCAAGACUGGUUAGGUCAGGAAAGCCACAGCAUCGGUCUAUAACCUCCUUUCUACAGAGAAAGCAUUCCCUGAGUAGGUCUGAUGUGGUCUGGCCUUAUUCUAUGUUUGUCACAAGUUAUGCACAACCUUACGCACAACUGGUUACCCUUCUUUGUUUCUUUCUUUGUUAGUUGAGACGCCUCAAAUGUUCCCUGUUUAAUGUUAUGAGACCGAAUAAAUACAACCAAAUUUCAGCAAGACUUGUUAUAAUAACAAAUGCACAAUUUCUAAAAACAAGUUCACCAUCAGCCAAUCAAAUGGAAUGAUUUCAGCAGCUGUUAUUGCAAAUUUAUUAUUAUAACAAGUUUUAUGAAAGGGGUCCUUGUUUUCUAACCGAUGUUUAAAUGAAGCGCUGCAAACUGUUGGAAGUGCAAGUCAGUAAUCCAGCAACUAAACAUUGAAAAUUCAGAGAUAAAAUGACAUGCAGUAAUAUUUUACUUGGUAUUAUAAAUUUCCUGGAGUAAGCAGUGUGGAGCAUAUUUGUAAAUUCAGUCCACUCUGUCCUAGAAGUCACCUGUCUACAGUAAAAACCUGUCUUUAGUGGCCACCAAAGUUGACUCCUUGUUGAAAGGAAUGUGUUGCAGAACCCGUCUAUUAAGGUCAUCUGUCUCCAGUGCCCAUUUUCUCUGCUUCACCUCGGUGGCCUUAAUAGGCAGGUUUGACUGUUGUUUAAAAGCAUCGAUUAUGUCAAUGAACAGAUUAAUUUAGAUAUGGUUAAGGGUGCCCCUUUCUUCAUAUAAGAACUUUGGGUUAUGCACAUGUUAGUAAUGCACAUUACUUUUCAUCUUUUCAUCAUUGCCUGUUCAUCUAUUGCUCCACGUCUUUGGAAUUCCCUCCUUUGCUUUGUGAUAUUGACUGCAUUGAUCUCUUCAAGUCAGCCCUCAAAACUCACUAAGGUCCUGUUACACCGGAUUUCCUACCCGAGAUCAGUCUCGGGGUGCCCGGGCGUAGACUGGUUUCCAAAAAGUUGACCUAAAUUUUUGACCCCCUAUUACACCGGAAUCGUAACGAGUCUCGGGGCGCCCCGAGACAGCUUUCUGUGUGUUUACACCGACUUACCAAAGCUGUACGUGUCCGAGAUAGGUUUGGCAGGGCGCCAAGUGCGCGCUGCGUUUGGAUAAUCGUUCCACGUGUAGCGCAUCAAGCAAACCUGUCUCGGGCAGGUUUGUGUUAUAUACACCAAAUCCAAAGCAGUGUCGGGGCACCCAAAGGCCAGUCUCUGAGCACAUCGCGAGGUGGUCCGAGAUAGGUUUGCUCAGAAGGGGUCUCGGGUAGGUUUGUGCAUGUAAACCGAGACUGGUCUCGGGGCGCCCCAAGACUACUUGGGAAAUCCGGUGUAACAGGGGUCUAAUUUCAGCAGAUGUGUAGUCAUAAGCUAAAUUAGACGAGCCUUCACCUAUGAAUGUUUUUAACAGAAGCAUGGUGCAAUAUAAAUGCUGUGGAUCAUCAUCAUCUGACUUGCCACCUGCAUGUAUUGCAAGAGUGUGCCACUGUGCGAUGUACCAUGUGUGUAAUACCAUUGCAUAGUGCAUAAUACUUGUCCAUUCACGCUCAAAUCGGGUCUGAAAUCAGUGAAAACUACAGAUAUUUAGUAAUAGUUGGCAACUCUGCCAAUGUAAGAGUGUCAACGCUUGGUUUGAUGGUUGUUUUCUGAAGUCCACUUUAACGUAGGCCAUGGUCCAACUCUUUGCCAGAAUUUGUCGCCGAAUCCACGAAGUGGCACAUGCAACCGUUGAUGCGCGAAAUCACUUUUCGAGAUAAACGUGAUUGAAGAUUUUUACAUUUUCAAACUGCCCAUUGCUAUGUGAUUGUGGAGUUUAACAGAAUGAAGAAAUGCACAAACCAAGAGCCAGGUAUCUACUCCUGCAUUCCAUGUUAAAAACGUAUCGAAUGAACAUCAAAUCUUGACAUAGCAGUGAUUCAAACACAAGUGUCAUUUUGUGCGUAGAAACGGCGCGCACCUGUGUGCCACUUCAUGGAUUUUUUUUACAAAGGAUUUUAAGGCUUGUGUCGCUUUUUCACUUUAAUUAUCUCAUUAAUUAGAGAGAAUUGACCAUGACUAGAUAAUACUAAAACUGAAAGAAACUAAAAAUUGACUUUUCACGUGAUUUUGGGACGUUGUGCCACUUCGUGUAAUCAGCGACAAUUUGUGCUAAUUGCUGUUGAUAGCAAUGGAAAGCUGCUAGACCUUGUUCAAGUCUAUGUGACGCAGGGAAAAAAUUAAUUGUUUUUUUUCGGGGGCUCCAUUUUCAAUUUUUUGUGAAAUUUCGGGGGCUCCAUUUCUACCUUUCGGGGGCUACUUCUGAAGGUUUCCAUGGUGAAGAAGAAUAGUUGCAUUCCAUGUUAAAAAUUUAUUGAAUGAACAGCAAAUCUUGACAUAGCAGUGAUUCAAACACAGGUGUUGUUUUGUGCGUAGAAACGGCGCGCACCUGUGUGCCACUUCGUGGAUUUUUUUUAAAAAAGGAUUUGAAGGCUUGUGUCGCUUUGUCACUAUAAUUAACUCAUUAAUUAGAGAGAAUUUGGGCUCUAAAUUUCGAUGAAAAGAUGAACCAUAGCUAGAGAAUACUAAAACUGAAAGAAACUCAAAAUCGACUUUUCACAUGAUGUUGGACGUUGUGCCACUUCGUGGAUUCAGCGAAGCCAAAAAGGUCAAAAUUGCAUUUUUGUCCAUUGUAGGAAAAUGUACUGGCCUCUAUCCUCAUGCUUUUCUGGACCCCAUUUCAUAAAGAGUUGAUACAGGAUGGAAACUCUUGCUGAAAUAUGAACUUCCUGGAAAACAUUGGAAAAUCUGCUUCUUCUUCGACUCUUCCAAUGAAAGUUGCUAUAAUGUCAACCCUUAAUGAAAUGGACCCUGGCAAAUAACACUAUGUUUAAUGUCAUUCUAAGACAAUUGUGAAUUGUUCAAGUGAGAAAUGAGGUGGGGUAAACUGAACCUAAACUGUUAGAGACUUGUGUCACAAUUACGUUAGCUAUCCAUAGUUAAGCCACACCUUUAGACCAGGGUUUGAAUUACCCCAGAUUUCAGUAUAUGGGCCAUUAAAUCUUUGAAUCGCCAAUGCAAAUAAAACAAGAUUAUUUCUUAAAUUGAUUUCUGAAAUUCAUAUAUUCUUCUUGUUGCUAUGAAGCUGCUUGAGAGGCAGGAAAUGUUAAGGGAAGUUAUAUGGACAUCCUUUAAGUGCUUAAGGAUUACACCAAACCUUUUCCAUGUUAGUUGUGCUCCUGAAAUACUGUAUACUUUGAAUAUUUUGCCUUGGUUUUUUUUUUGCGAAUUAUGUGACUUUAAUAUCAAAUGCAGAUUUUACUUUCUGAUAUUUCUGUACAAAGUGAAUGUAAAUGCAAUUCUGUCUUGAAGAAAAUUGUGAAAAUAUAUGGAUACAAAGUGUAUGGUUUAUACAGUUUGAUUUUACUCGUUUUGAGUGCUGUACACUGGAUUUCAAAGUUUUUUUUUUCUUCAUUAUUCCUUGUGUAAUAAUUCUUUUUUACACAUUUUCAAAGCAGCAGUCUCAACUCGUGUAUGAAACACAAGCCAAAAUUUAUUGCUAUGAGCCAAGUAUUUGAACAUCUAAGAGAUUUUGUGAAGGAACAUGUAUUGUGUCAAUUCUUUGUUUUCUGGCUUUGUUUUAGUAAUAAAAUCAUUCCUGUAGUAUUUAUUUAUGAA